AUGGUUCUGAUUGUUCUUGAAAACCCUCCUUCCGGCAAAGUUAACUUGGCUUACGGCGAGCCAGACUCCACCUUCAAGGUGGACAAAUCCGACUCUACUCCUGAAUUGAAGGAUGGAGAAUUAUUGGUUAAGGUUUUGUACUUGUCCAAUGAUCCUACUCAAAGAACCUGGAUGGCUGCCAACCAGGACACUUCCAGAUCCUACCAAGCUCCAAUGGUCAAGGGUGAUGUUGUCAGAUCCCUUGGUUUGGGUGAAGUUUUGGAGUCGAAAUCCGCCAAGUUCCAAAAGGGCGAUAUUGUCUCUGGCUUGCUCGGCUGGCAAGACAAGAUUGCCGUCUCUGAGGCUCGUAUCUUCAACAAGGUUGACACCUCCUCUGGUUUGCCAUUGCCAGUCUUCUUGUCCAGUUUGGGUAUGACCGGCUUGACUGCUUACUUUGGUUUGUCUGAAGUUGGCCAGCUCAAGGAGGGCCAAACUGUGCUUAUCUCUGCUGCUUCCGGUGCUACCGGUUCCAUGGCUGUGCAGAUUGCCAAGCACAUUUUGAAGGCUUCCAAGGUUAUCGGUAUUGCCGGAAGUGACGAAAAGUGCAAGUGGGUCGAGUCCUUGGGUGCCGACUUCUGCGUCAACUACAAGAACGAUGACUGGAAGACCAAGUUGUCCGAGUACAUUGGCAAGGACUACGUCGAUGUGUACUACGACAAUGUUGGUGGUGACAUGUUGAGUUUUGCCUUGAAGCACAUUAAGAGAUACGGCCGUGUCAUUGCAUGUGGUGCCAUCUCUGGCUACAACGACAGCAGCAAGUUUGCCGUCACCUCUUGGCCAGAAAUCGUCACUAACAGAUUGACUGUUCAAGGUUUCAUUGUCAGUGACUUCACUGCCAAGUUCCCUCAAGGUAUCGCUGCCAUUGUUGGUGCUAUCAAGGAGGGCAAGAUUUCUGUCACUGAAGGUGCCCAUGUUGAGGACCUCAGCAAGGAAGAGAACCCAUUGGAGAAGGUUCCAUCUACUUGGUACAAGUUGUUCACCGACGAGAAGCCAAAGGGUAAGUUGGUGACCAAGAUUGCUUAA